AACCGAAAAAGAUCAAAGCGUCUUUCCCACUUUUACUUCUCUUCUCCCCACCGCAAGCAAUCGUCGGCGUUCCCAAUUCAUCCUGCUUGAGCUCACUUCUUCAACAAUGGAUCCCCAUCUCCUCCUCUUCCUUCUUCUCUCAACAUCUUCCCUCUCAGGAAUUGAGCCGGCAGCUACUUUCAAGCUCACCAACCUCUGCCGCCAAACAAUCUGGCCGGGUCUACUCUCCGGCGCCAACACCGCCCAGCUCCCCACCACCGGAUUCGCUCUCCGCCCGGGGAAAUCCCGAACAAUUCCCAUCCCCGCCGGCUGGUCCGGCCGCAUAUGGGGCCGGACCCUCUGCUCAACCGGCGCCGACGGCAAAUUCACCUGCCUCACCGCCGACUGCGGCUCGGGGAAAAUCGAGUGCGGCGGGAGCGGAGCGAAGCCGCCGGCGACACUAGUCGAGUUCACCCUCAACGGCGCCGACGGGCUCGACUUCUACGACGUCAGCUUGGUCGACGGGUACAACCUCCCGAUGCUGGCUUUCCCGCAGAAAGUCACCCGCGGGGGUUGCGGCGCCACGGGUUGCUUGAUUGACCUAAACGGCGCGUGCCCCAAGGAGCUGAAGGUGGUGGCGCGUGGUAAGGGUAAAGUCGGCGGCGUCGCGUGCAUGAGCGCGUGUGAGGCAUUUGGGGAUCCCAGGUUUUGCUGCGCUGGGGAGUACUCCACGCCGGAGACUUGCUCGCCGUCGGUGUAUUCCCUGUUUUUCAAGUACGCUUGCACGCGGUCGUAUAGCUACGCUUAUGACGACAAGACCAGUACGUAUACCUGCGCCAAUACGGAUUACACCAUUGUCUUCUGCCCUCGGCCUUACACCAGCCAGGAAGUGCUGGGAAGGAGGAAAGAUGGAGUGUCCCUGCCGCUGGUUAACAAGACGUCAAUGUACUGGCCAAGAAGACAUCCUAAUGGUGCUUUCUCUUCAGUGAGAUAGCACGCGUAGAGAAGGUGCAGCUUACAAGAGUAGCGGAGUACACAACGUUCGAAGGCUCGGGUGUCGUAGCUUCCUCUCCCUGACCAUGACGUUGGUUCUGUAAACAGAGAUGAGUGGGGAAGAUGAUGGUUGAAGUGUAAUGCAGCACAGUAAAUUCCACGAACUAAAUUUUGUGCCGAUUUCAUACGCCUUAACUAACUAGUAACUACACACUAACUUUGCACUUGGGGAUCGGGAAGACAACAGAGGGGAAUAUACAGCAGGUUUUCAGUUCAAAGCUAGACUGUUCAGUUCAUUCUGAUUGCCAAUGUGUUCUCUCAUCAUACCGUAUUCUGCACAAAUUCUGUACUUUUGCUCUUCUUCCUUGUGGAAGUUGAAGCUUUUAUGAUGUAAAGCGUUUAUCCCUCUAUUAUCUGCCAUGAAUACAGUGUAGCACCCUCCUGCUUGGGAAACAAUACAAUCACCAAUGGGCUGGAUAUCCUUUUGGGCAGCAAAGAAUAACCGGCGGUUCAACCAGUUCUGGCCAAUCAGCUGCUCGAAAACGCAGCGUUUGGUUAACUGAGCUAAGAAAAAGAAAAAUUGGUUCUGAAUCUUCGUCCCCACUCUCCAACUAACUCUGCAGUCGCCAGUUCUGCCAACACAACCGCGCCACGACGACCGGACUUCCACAGAAAGAUCACAGCGGAGUUUCCGUCUGAUUAUCCCUCCGACUAGAGGCAGGUUUCAUUUGUCACUUGUUGUGGUACAGGAAAUGUGCAAAUAACUUUCCGGUGCCUGAAAUCUGCAAUGCAAGCAAAGGGCACAUUUUCCUCACCCAGUUUAACACUGCUUCCCCUCAACAUACCAUGUAGUUCAUCACGCUCGGGUUCUUUGUCCUGUUACUUCCAGAUCAAGCAACAAAGAAAAACCAUUUGCGCUUGUGUGGCACCUCCUCUGAAUAUAGGCAGCAAUGGAAUAUCAAAGACCAAAAACAAUCAUAUGAGCAAAUCAGAGGAAUUGCACUCGGUAUUGGAACCAGAGGAUGACUCAGACGUUCUAAUUGAAUGUAAAGAUGUUCACAAAUCAUUUGGUGAGAAGCAUAUAUUAAGAGGUGUGAGCUUCAAGAUCAGACAUGGUGAGGCAGUUGGAAUAAUUGGACCUUCUGGCACUGGCAAGUCUACAAUUUUGAAAAUAAUGGCUGGACUUCUUACCCCAGACAAGGGCGAGGUUUAUAUUCGAGGUAGGAAAAGAGAUGGGUUGAUUAGCGACAAUGAGAUCUCUGGCGUGCGAAUUGGAUUGGUGUUCCAAAGUGCAGCACUGUUUGAUUCUUUAACAGUUCGUGAAAAUGUCGGUUUCUUGCUGUAUGAAAGUUCUACAAUGCCAGAGGAUCAAAUCUCAGAGCUUGUGACUGAAACCUUGGCUGCUGUUGGUUUAAAGGGUGUUGAGGAUCGGUUGCCUUCUGAGCUAUCUGGCGGAAUGAAAAAAAGAGUUGCUUUAGCUCGAUCCAUAGUUUUUGACGCCUCCAAGGCCACCAUUGAGCCAGAGGUGCUUUUGUAUGAUGAACCUACAGCUGGACUCGAUCCGAUUGCAUCAACUGUAGUAGAAGAUCUUAUCCGCUCUGUCCAUAUGACAGGGGAGGAUGCAGUCGGCAAACCUGGAAAGAUUGCGUCCUAUGUCGUGGUUACUCAUCAACACAGUACCAUUAGAAGGGCUGUCGACAGGCUACUGUUUCUUCAUAACGGGAAGGUCGUGUGGCAAGGAAUGACUGAUGAAUUCACUACAUCAGCCUCUCCUAUUGUUCAGCAGUUUGCAUCUGGGAGCCUUGACGGUCCGAUUAAAUACUAGAGGACACCAUCUUCAUUUGGAGGCGCGGGUUCAUGGCGUCGUAUGUGAGGGAAGAGAUGGUGGUAGGUUGUCAGGUUUGAAGCUGUUAUUGUUGCUAAUUCUUGUUUACUAAAUUGAACAAAAGAACGAGGCCAUUCAUGUUUGGGGAUCCUUUUUUUCCUGGAAGGGGAUCGCAUUUUGAAAUGUAAGGUCGUUUGGCUCCUCUUUGUAGACGUUCUUGUAUAAGGUUGGUUGCCUGCAUUGUUCGAUGAAUCGAUUGAGCUCCUAUGCAAUGGUAUCAUUUUUUCUGUACCACAUUUGCUACCUCAAACGAGCAAGUUUUUGAUUUCGCUAAACUUUGGACUGUCA